CAAGAAAACCUAUCCUCAAGCCAACCUCCUCUACAAUCCAGCCUCACCAUCACAGCUCGACCCAACCCGUCCUCCUUCCACGUUCUAUCGCACCGAAACCAUCACCCACCAUGACGAGCAAAAACGUCGUCUUCGACGUCGUCGGCACGUGCGUCUCCUUCUCCGCCUUCUACGAUACGAUCCAAAGAACACUGGGCCCGCAACUCGCCGCUCACAACCUCACCGCGCAAUCCUUCGGCUUCACAUGGAUGACCAACGCAGAGCUGCAGUUCACCUUCCUCUCGAUCUCAGAAAGCUACAAGCCAUACAAGCUCGUGCUGACGGAGCUCUUCUACCAGACCCUAUCCAUGAUCGGGGUGGCCGACCCCACCGCCUUCGCGACCGCGGCGCAGCGCGACGCCUGCGUCGAGGGCUACUCUGCGCUCGAACUCCGCCCAGGCACCAGGGAAUGCUUCGCGCGUCUCCGCGCCGCCGGAUUCACGGUCUGGUGUCUCACGACGGGCGACACGCAGCGGGUGCGCGGGUACUUCGAGCGCGGCGGCGUGGACAUGCCGGCGGAGAACUUCCUGAGCUGCGAUACGGCGGGCGUGGCCAAGCCGGCGUUGCGCGCGUAUCGGCCUGCCUUGGAGGCGUUGGGAUUCGUGGAUGGUACCUCGGACGACAAGGAGAGGCCGUGGUUUGCCGCGGCGCAUCUGUGGGAUGUCGCUGCUGCUACCAAGGUUGGCUUCCGCGGGGCGUAUUGUACCGUGUAUGAGGGAAGUCCGUGUUAUCGGGUGUUUGAGGCUGGGUUGGAUGUUACGGCGGAUUCGUUGGAGGACAUGGCUGAGGGAAUUAUUCGGGCGACGGGGCGGUGAUGGUGGUUUGAAUUCAAGAUACUGGUGAGAGGGUGGCUUUGUUGGAGCCGAAUGCGUGUAUAUAGAUAGAUCUAUGAAAUCAGCAUCAGUCG